AUUGUAAUCUUGAAUUUUAAACCGGUACCAUCUCUUAAGAUGGGUUCCUUGCAAUUUUUUUUAGUUUUAGUUUGUGUGAGUGCUACAAUUGCAGAAUAUGAUGGCAAUUUUGUCCCGAAAUCCGUCUAUUUCAUAGACGAAUCCGGACACCAAUCGGAAGUCUAUCUUCUCAGAAACAAAAGGGAACUGGAGAGGUUGCCGAUCCUACGCAGGAUGAGACGAGGCGGCGGUGCCGGCUCUUACUCGAGCUCGAGCGGAACCGGAAGCGGCUACGGAUUCUCUUCCGGGAGCGGGGGUGCAGGGGGCGGCGCUGGUUUCGGGGAUAACAACAUACCGUUCGGACCUGAGAACAUACAGGCCAAUCUAAACCAAUUAAUGUUCUCCUUACAACAACGUUUUGCCGAUGUAUCCGACCAAGUGGGGGCGGCUGCAGCGAACGGGGGCGGUUCCGGGGCCCACAGUUUCUCGCAUAGCUUUUCAAGCAACGGCGGUGAUGGAGGCGGAAGCGGAUACAGUGGUGGAGGCGGCGGCGCCGGGGGCGGUUUCGCAUUUCCGUCGGUAACUUCCGUUAGCGGUAAUGGUGGUUAUGGUCACGGUGGUUCCACCGGGGGCGGUUAUGCAGGUUCUUCUUCCUCCGGUAACGGGGGCGGUUAUGGGAGCGGGUUUUCCAGUGGCGGCGGCGGUGGAAGUGGCGGAUCUUCUGGGGGAUGUGGGGGUGGUUGUGGUGGUGGUUCUACUGGCGGUGGUAGUGGAGGUGGCGCGGCGCAUGCUUCUACAAGUGGCGGAAAAGGAGGCGGUUAUCAAGGUGGACAAGAUGGGCCUCAGAUAUUCUCCCGCUUUGGCGAAGGUAAAGGUACAGGAGUCCGCGUCUCUUCCAGUGCUGCCGGGCCGAACGCCGCCUUCAGUUCGAGCUCCUCCUCUGUAGAUGGCAAUGGCAACAUCAAAUAUUCCACGAAAUCAGGAAAAUAUUAAAAUUUGAUAUCACAACCACAGAGAAUUCUUUCUCUAUGAUCACAACGUAAAAAAGUACUAACCACGUAAUCCAAACCAUAGUGAGAUGCAAGAGAAUAUAUUAAUUAUCACUGUGAUCUAAUAUAUACCUUUAUAUUGUUUUUGAUGCAUUUUUUAAAUAAAUUUACUACAAAGUUAA